AUGGCUUCGGCGGAGUCGGCCGCGAAGGUCUUCCGUGCAGGCCCAGAGCAGCAGGUCGGCGGGACCGGCGUCCCCGUGCACCGCUUCGACCACGUGCGCGCCGAGGAGGAGAGCUGCGCACCGCGGAGGGCUGCCGGGGUGCCGCGGCCGGCGACCGGGGCGACGGAUGGCACCGCGAUGUUCUGCACAAGCUCCCCCGGUGAUGAGCGCCCGGGCUCCCGCCGUCGCGGCUACCACCCCCCCCCCCCCUGGCUGAGACCCCAGAUUUCGGGGGGAUUGGGUUCGAGCGGAUUUGCCCACGUUGUUCCAUGGACCAGUAUUUAA